GAGCCUCAGCAUCCCCAAAGGGAUCGAACAACUCGUCAUCCACCGCAUUCAACAUCUGCGCUAUCAAGAAAACCACGUCCCAACAAAUAGUAUGCCGAAGCACCAAAGGACUUCCAUGUCAGUUCCUCCUCUCACAGGGGCAAACCCCCAGGGUCAACACCAUCUCUUGCACCAUCACAAGUUGCACCCCCACAACGGAGGUGCGCGAGCCAUUGGAUCAACUCCACGGGACACCUCACGUAAAUGUAAUGGCGGAUCAGGAUCAGAUUCCGCGCCGACGCAAACAUCGUUCAACACCCGUCACCCACAACCUCCUUUAGAAGGCUGUCCAAACGUUCCCCGGGCCGUUGGAUCAUCUCCGCCGGACAUCGUAUGGUCUGAAUGGAUUCUCCCGCCGCUCUCCCUAAGGCCCUGUGCCGCCGAAGAAACGAGACCCAUCGAGAAAUGGUGUGGGGACACGGAAGCGUGGACACGAGAACUAGAAGGUGCCGCAGCACAGGUCCGGAUUCCCCCACACCCAGAAUCCCGAUGACCCCGCAUCUGCAUAGCCGCGUCGGACCUGGCUUGAA